AUGGCAGUCGCUGUGGCCGCUUCUCCUCUUCCUCAAGAACACCAACACGACCACCACCAACACCACGAAGCCAAGAGAGCUGUCGUGACUGUCACCAACUGGGUCACUGUCGACGGUAACGUUCAGGCUGCCACCACCACUGCUGAAUCUCCAGCCUCCGUCCCAACUACUUUGGCUACCUCUGCAGUUGCUGGUACUUCUGUUGCUGGAUCUGCUUCCUCUGCUGCCGCUUCUUCCUCCUCCGGUUCCAGCUACACUGGUGGCUCCUCCGGUGCUGCAGGUGCUAAGGGUAUUACUUACUCUCCUUACAACGCCGAUGGUACUUGUAAGUCUGCCAGUGAAGUCAAAUCUGAUGUUUCCCAAUUAAGUGGUUUCGAUAUCAUCAGAUUGUACGGUGUCGACUGUAACCAAGUUCCUAACGUCUUGGCUGCUAAAUCUUCUAGUCAAAAGAUUUUCCAAGGUAUCUUUGAUGUCAGUGACAUCUCCGGAGCUGUUUCCACCAUCAAAUCUGCUGUUGAAGCUACUGACGGUGGUUGGGAUAACAUCUACACCAUUUCUGUCGGUAACGAAUUGGUUAACUCUGGUUCUGCUUCCGUUUCUCAAAUUGGUCAAUAUGUUUCCACUGCCAAGUCUGCUUUGACUGCUGCUGGUUACUCUGGUCCAAUUGUCUCUGUUGACACUUUUAUUGCUGUCAUCAACAACCCUGGUUUGUGUGAAUUCUCCGAUUACAUGGCUGUUAAUGCUCACGCUUUCUUUGACGGUAACGUUGAAGCUCCAGAUGCUGGUGCUUGGGUUCUCUUACAAAUUCAAAGAGUCUGGUCCGCUUGUGGAGGUAAAAAGGAUGUUUUCAUCACUGAAACCGGUUGGCCAUCAAGAGGUGAUGCCAACAACAAGUGUGUCCCCUCUGAAGCUAACCAAUCUGCUGCUAUCUCUUCCAUCAAGGCUUCUGCCGGUGACUCUUGUAUCUUGUUCAACGCUUUCAACGAUCUCUGGAAAGCUAAUGGCCCUUUCAAUGCUGAAAAGUACUGGGGUAUCUUGAACUAA